CCGUAUAGGAGACCAAAAACAGCGCAGAGCAACCUCGGCCAAGUACAGGAUUGACCGGAGAGGUAAUAGACCUGAUAGUGAAGGACCACUUAGCCCUUUACGAAGCCCACUACGAACAGAUGAUGGCCUUCAUAAUGCAAACAGAAGAAGAGAAAAUAGACGGAACAGGUUCCAACAGAUGGACACCCCAAGUCCAAAAAAGAAUGAACUGCGCUUGAAACUUGAUGAAUUUCCACCUCUGCCAAAUGAAGCAUGGACACCAGAAGGCAGUAAAUUUUUUGAAACAAAGAUUGACUGGUCAGCUGAAACAGAAGUUGAUAGACAGCCUAGAAGAAAACUUGAUUUGCGCGAAAAGCUGAAUAUAUCAAGAAAUUUAAAGUCAGAAAAUGUGUCAAAUGAAAAGAUCACACCUAGAGCGCCGUUAUUUGAGAUAGAAACAGAUGAGAAAUUAUUGAAGAGGAGGCAGAAGGAUAUAGAUUAUGGGAAGAAUACAAUCGCUUACGAUAGAUAUACAGAAAUGAUCCCAAAGAAGAAUCGUGUGAAGGGUGUACAUCCAAGAACUCCAAUCAAGGUGCAGAAAGUAAGUCGUAGAUCUUGGGAUGCUCAAGUUAGGAAUUGGAGAAAGACACUGCAUCAGUGGGACCCACCCAGUGACAGUGCUGUUGAUGGUUUGACUGGAGUAGCUUUCCUUGAAGCAGAAGACAGAGAUUGUAUGGACUCUAAAGAUCACCUUACAUGUAUUAAAGAACAUGAGAUGAUGGAAUCUACACAUUCAUCUGAUGCUGAUGAUGAGCACUGUAGUCAAACAUCAACUUCCCCAGGGAUCACCCUCACGCCAGACGUUAAAUGUGGUCCAUUUAAGUUCCCGAAAUCCGGUUCACCGAAGAAGUCAAAAACACAAACUGGUGUAAUAAGUGCUACUGUAACAAUUAAAAAAGAGAAGGAAAAUGAUGAUGGAUUUUUCUCCGGAUUUGACGUUGAAGAACCUAUGAAUGAAGACAUGGACACAUUGUAAUCUUGUUUUUAUUCUCUCAUCUGUAUCAUCUACAUUUAUAUAUUAUCAUAAUCAGGUAGUUCUGUAAUCUCUUAUAAUAUUGACUUGUUACAACCAUCUAAUUAUUUUAAAUUAAACUUUUGUCUAUGUUUUGCAACACAGAAUUUGAAUAAGGGCAAGAAAACAUGAUAGAACUUUAAGGCUUUAUUCAUUUAAACAUAUAAAACAGUUUGCACUCAAUGUAUGUGUUUAAUUGUUGAUGAC